AUGGCGCAGUUGUGCACACUGGGAAUGAAGAUCCUUCUCCUCCUCCUCACAGCCCACAUUUGCUGGGGAUACCACGAGGAGACGCACUAUCCCUGCGCCUUUAUUGACACCGCCAACAUCUCGGGAAGCUACAACUCGGAAGGCUCCUACAUCCACAACUGGACAGUGAUUCCACGUCAUCUGGUGGCCGCCUACGACUUUGUCAUCGAGAAUGGCAUCCGGAUACCGGCGCCCAUUCACCUCAGGGCCUGCGUGUGUAAGACGAGACCCUGUGUAAGGAUUUGCUGUCCCAAGGGACAGACCUACGACCUGGGUAGCAGGGAGUGCGAGAUACCCAAACGGGGAUUAUCCAGUCUACCCUCGGAGAGCCACAUGGAAGUGGAGCUCAACAACGGCAGUCUGAGGAAUAUAGAACUAAGGUCACGCUUCAGCAUUUAUGUGGGCACUCCGUGUGAGCUCAUGAAGGCAGUGACCAAGGGAUCGGAAGAGUAUGUGCACUGGACGCUGCACGAGAACGGAACAGUCACCCAUCAGGGCCACCUGUUCUCCAAGCACUAUUGCUUCACUCCCGUGCUCCUGCCCAAUGGAAACACCUCCUGGGACUGGCAGCCCUUGGCCUGCGCCCCGGAGAAGCUACACUUUGUACUGGGCGUGCGGGAAUGGACCUACGCCAUAUGUCUCUCGAUCGCCAUUAUAUCCAUGUUUAUUGUGCUAAUGGUGUACCUGAUGUGCUCCGAGAUGCGCAACAGUUUCUAUGGUGUGGCGAUCAAAGCCUACACUAUUUGUAUGAUCAUGGGUUAUGCCCUUCUGGCCUACCUUACUUUGCACAACCCGGCCAACCUCUCAAAUGCAGCUUGUAGAAUCUUACCCUGCUUAACUCUGAUGUAUCUGGUUCUCUCCUUCUACAUCCUGAGCUUCAUUGCGUUCAAGCUCUACCUCAGCUUCCAUGGCGUCGUGUUCACCAAGCUCAUGUUCUGGCUAAUCUUCACUCCGAUCGUGUUGAUAGCCAUAGGUUGGUCCUUCUUCGCAGGCUCCAGUUACUACGCUUCAAGGUUGAUCUUUGGCGGCGAUACUUGCUGGUUCGAUCCUCGAAAUUGGUCUAUUAUGGUGUACUUGUACGCCCCCGUUUUUGUGGCGUGCGCCAUCAGUGGCUUCUUCUACAUCCUUAGCCUGAUCUAUAUCAGCAAACAGCCCGAGAUCGAGACCGAGAAGAGUUUUGAGUCCAUUGAGAAGAAUCGCUUUCGAUCCUUUUGGAAAUAUUUCGGUUACACCGCACUCGUAUGGUUUGUUUGCGUCUGCUCAUUCGCCUUUAAUUAUUAUCGCGAGGAGCGGUCACACCUCAACUAUGCCGUCAGCUUUUGCAUGGCCUUUCAUGGAUUCGCAGCACUCUACGCACUGAUUGGGAAGAAUCAACAAAUCCAGAACUUUCUUCGACGCAUAGAUAACGAGGAAGACACUUGCGAAAAUUCGGUUCCCCUUUCGAGUUUCGGUUAAAAUUUCGAGGUCCAAAGUUUUACAGCAACUGGAAGCAAUACUAGUCGUGACGACAACCACAUGAAAAGUUUUCAACAAACCAAAGCAAGUCUAAACUAAUGUCUUUAUAAGAAAUGCAUGUCCAAAAUAUGUCUGUGUAUUCUACACGUAGAGUUUACGUAAUUUUAUUUAGAUAUUUUUCGUACCAAAAAUAUAG